AUGACCUCAAAUAACGAAACGACUGCGAAACCUCCAAGAUCAGAGCCGGCUACAAAGCGAGAAAGCAGAUUCGCGUCCCUCUUUAUUGCGCUACUGGCUGUCAGUCCUAUGGCUAUCGAAUACGAUGCAGCCGAUCAGCAGACUAUGGAGGCAGCACAGGAGGCAUCUGUAAGCGCUCCGCAACCGGAAUCUUCUAAGAAGACAGAAGCUCAGCCAGGGAGUGGGGUCAAAUCAUCGGAGAUUCGCAAGACCAGAUGGAAGCGAUUCAAGUACGAACUGGGGCUGAAGAUGAGGAUUAGCGGCAGACGGAAGGCAAAGGAUCGGUGGAAGUGCUCGCAGGCGGAGGAUGUAGAGCUGGAGGUUUUGAGGUCAGAAGAGCGGUACAUCUAUACGGAUAUGGAGAGGCAGAACAGUAGCUAA